CGGACCGGGGGUCUUCCUGCUGCAGCGGCCGCGCGCCGUUGCUAUGGCGACCCCGGCCCGGUCCCCCGGAGGAGCGGCGCGCGCCUCCUCCUCCUCCCUCCUCCUCCUCCUCCCCGCAGCCUGUGCGGCUCCUUUUAAAAGCCGGGCGAGUGGCGGCCGCUUCUCUCCUCCUCAGCGAGUGCGGCGGGAAAGGAGGCGGAGGCGGCGCCCGUGCUUCUCGCUUGGGCGCGGGAGGGGUUGCAAGAGGCGGCAGCGGCGGCAGCAGAACCCUGCCCGUGUGGCUGCCCAGGGAGAGGAGCCCGAGGCGGCGGAGGCGGCGGCGGCGCAGCCGGGAAGGUGCUCAGACCUCCUGCAGCGUUUGAGAUGCAGCCCAGGACGAGAAGACUUGCAGUAUACCUCUUAUCUGUGUUGUUGCUUGCAUUCCUGGUGUACUUAAGGAAAGACACCAAGUCAGUUGUGUCUUCAGCAAGCAAGAAACCCUACAGGCCCAACCAGAAGCGUGCUUUCAGGGCGCCAGAACUGGUGGAGUCUACAUGCUUGCCAGACCUCAGCAUUGCCAACUCCUCCACCAACCUUCCUGAGAUUCACCGUGUUUUCUUAACAUACAAGCACUGCCGGAACUUCUCAACUCUCCUGAAGCCUUCUCCAUGCGACACUGAGACGUUCCUUCUACUGGCUAUCAAAUCGGCUCCUGUUAACAUAGACCGUCGGGUGACCAUCAGGAAUACGUGGGGAAAGAACACCAUUGUUGGCAACAAAUUGGUGCGGUUAGUGUUUCUACUGGGCCGCUCAGAGGUCAAAGUUCAGGCUCACUCCCUCAGCCAGCUGUUGGCCUACGAGAGCCUGGAGUUCGAUGAUAUAAUCCAGUGGGACUUUGUGGACAACUUCUUCAACCUGACGCUGAAGGAACUGCACUUCCUUCGGUGGUUUGCAGAGGAUUGUCCUGAUACUCGCUUUGUGCUGAAGGGGGACGAUGAUGUCUUUGUGAAUACCUACAACAUUGUUGAGUUCCUUAAAGAUCUGGAUCCUGAGAAGGAUCUCUUUGCUGGCGAUGUCAUCAGCAAAGCCCGGCCAGUCAGGAACACCAACAUAAAGUAUUUCAUCCCAGAGUCGAUGUAUCCAGCCUCCUUCUAUCCUCUCUACGCUGGGGGUGGCGGCUACGUCAUGUCUCGGCUGACAGUGCAAAGGCUGCAGGUGACUGUGGAGGACACUGAGCUGUUCCCAAUAGAUGAUGUCUUUGUUGGGAUGUGUCUUGCAAAGAUGGGCAUGAGCCCAGCCCUCCAUCCUGGCUUUAAGACCUUUGGAAUCCAGAGGCCGUUUAAUCCAUUUGAUCCCUGCCUGUACAAAGAACUGAUGAUCAUACACAAACUGAACCCGACAGAGCUUUGGGUCAUGUGGACGUUGCUGAAAGGCGACGGCCUCAGAUGUGCCGUGUCAGGAAGUCACAAACUAUAGAACCAAUUUGCUUGUGUCUAGCCCAGUGCGACGGGCAGGGAGGGGGUGGGGGGUGGGGAGACCUUGACAGGAGAUGGCUUGCCCUGAUACUAACACAUAACCUUUUAAAGUUGUUUAUGGUAGGGUAACGUUUGCACGGAUUACCUCUUCCCCCCCCCCCAAGAGAAUGGUUUACAGAAACCUCCAAAGGAUAGACCAGGAUGGCCAAUGAUUCCCAAUGGCUGUUACUCAUAAUUACUUAAUGGAACCUCAAUAUUCAAAGGCAAUAUGCUAUUGAAUGCCAGUUGCAGACGACAGGCGGGGGGUUUUGUGAAGGGCAACAGCAGGCGAGGGUGUGGCUUGCCUCCCCCAAAACAUCUGGUGGCCACUUUGGGAAACAGGAUGCUGGACUUGAUGGGCCUUUGGUCUAAUCCAGCAGGACUCUUGUGUACUUAAGAACAGGUUUUGCCACUGGUGUGCUUACUUUGGAUCGCUGUUCUUUUGUUCUGGACCAGAGCCUGCACUCAUUCAGGGGGUCCUGGAUACUGGACUGUAAAGAGCAAACUCCUGGGUGCUUUACUCUUUUAAGGUGUGGCACACUGAACAUUGCCCAAUAUAUACUCUUACCUGUCAGUAGUAAUGUGUCUUGGAGUUUGUAACAAGACGCAGCAUUUGUUGCAGCAAAACACUACAAUGGGUCUUGUGGCGUCUUAAAAGAAGCUGCCCUCGUUGAUAGCUUAUGCUACAAUAAAUCUGUUAGUGUUUAA